GUCAGUGUACAGUGCUGUGUUACGUGGAACAGUAUGAAGGCCUUUAUCUCACUCCUAUUCGUGACUGUCUCGGUUCUGGCUGCGCCCGAGCCGAGCAAAGUCGCACCUGAGGGCAGCAAAGUCAUCCAGAAGCGUAGCGGGCUGGUCGGCCAUUACGGAGGAGCUGUCCUUGGCCACGGCGUCGGCUUGGGCCACUUGGGCGGUGGAAUCAUCAGCGGUGGAUACGGAUACGGCGGCGGAUAUGGUGGCUUAGGUGGACUUGGAAGUGGAUUGGCGUUAUCAUCGGGGGCAGUGGGCAUCGGCGGAGUUGGCACGCUCGUUGGCGCUGAUGUCCACACAACUGUGACCAAGCACAUCGGAGUGCCUGUACCAGCUCCGUACCCUGUCGCUGUUGACAGACCUGUACCAGUACCGUACAAGGUGGCAGUCCCAUACCCCGUGGACAGACCCUACGCCGUGCCCGUCCCGAGGCCUUACCCGGUGACUGUUGAGAAACACGUCGCUGUGCCAGUCGACAGGCCCGUGCCAGUGCCAGUCCCUCACGCAGUGCCAGUUCCCAUUGUUAAACAGGUCGGUGUACCCGUACCCGCACCCUACCCCGUACCCGUAGCAAGACCAGUUGCCGUGCCAGUCGCUCAACCAGUCCCAGUUUCAGUUGGAGUCGUCAGAUCCGCUAUCGGCCCUGGAAUUUCAUCAGGUAUCAUCGGCUCAGGAUACUACGGCGGCGGAUACCUUGGCGGUGGAAUCCACGGCGGUGGAAUCCAUGGCGGUGGAAUUGGUCAUGGAAUCCACGGAGGACACUUGCACUCCAAAAUCUGGUAGACGAUUGAAUACGGCAAGGUAUUUGAGGAUAUGAUGAUUAACGAUUUUGUAUUAAGUUUUUACGCAAACCGAUUUCUGAAUGACUUCCAAAAAGGAGGAGGUGCUGAUCAGGGAAACUUGUUGUUUAUUGGCUGAAUUUAAGCCACCCUUACUAAAACUGUAUUGCCAACGGGGUAAAGUGUUAGUCAGUCAAAAGGAUUGCGACAAUCGCAAUGAUUGAUAUAUUUGGCUAUAAGGGAGCGAUUACAUGAUCUAUCAACAUUAUUUAAUGUAAAAAAUAAUUCUCGUUAUCUGAGUUACUGUUUUUUUUGGUAUUUGAAUGGAGUUUUGCGUAAGGCUUGGUAUAAGUGUCUGAUUGGAGGUUUGUGAUUUAGUGUAAAUUAGUUUUAGUGUGCGUAUAGUGUUGUAUUUGGAGCCUUAAGUCUUAAGGGAAGGGGUGAUGUGCAAUGAAGUAUAGAGGCUAUGUUUUUGUCUUAUAUAAUUUCUAUAACCUUUACGUAGAUAUAUAGCUAUAUAUCUACGUAAUAUCAAAAGAAAUAUCAGUAUUUAUAGCUUUACAACCAAAAAUAUUUUUGGGUCAUAUAUUUUUCAAAAUUAUCAUGUAAUUUGGCUGUAAAAAGGCGUUCAAAAUGUUUUAAAAUUUACUUUUUUUGAUACAUUUUUAAGUAUUGUUUUGAAUAGGCUGAGGAAAAUUAAGUUAAAUUAGCUGUAAAAACUAAGUUAAAUUUACAGGAAUGAGAAACAUUAUUUACACAAUGGAAAAAUUCCUUUAUUAGUACUAUAAACUUAGUUUUUUGUACAAUAAAAUUACUAAACAAUAUCAACUAUGAUGUGAAAUUAUUUUUAAUCGAUGCUGCCAUUUUUUAUAUAUAUAUGUAUAUUGUAUAUGUUUUUAUGUAUUUUUUAUACAUAAUUCAUUCAUUUGAUCUCCUCAAGUGUAACAGCCAUAGAGGCAAGGCUUCAAAUGUAUAAAUGUACCUGUUUUUUACUUUUGUAUAUAGAAUUUCCUGAACUAGUUUAUAAGUUUUGAUACAUCAAGUUUAUUUCGUCCGCAGUCGACUAAAUACUAUUGAUAGAGGGACCUUUAUUUUGCUAAUAAAAUGUACUUAUGAAUUAA